GACCACCACCUGCUUUCCAAUCUCCCACAUCCACAAUAAUCAUAUCAUAUUCAGACGCCACUACUUUCUCCAAUAUUCUUCCAUUUACUCAUCGCGUCCCACGCCUUCCAGAAUCACUCCAUCCGGACCACGGUCCACCCCCACUUCCCCUUUGCUGUACAAAUCAACUCAUAUUUUGGAGUUGAACGUAAGAGUUUUAGGUACAUAUAUUAAUGGAGUUUUUGAAGUUUAAUCCCCACAAGAAUCUUGAUCAUCCGUAUCACCAACCAGCAGCAGCUGCCUCUUACAACAUGAAGAAGGUCUGCAGCUGGAAUAAUCAUACGCUUGAGCAGCACCACCAGCAGGUGCAGCAGCAUAAAAAAAGUCAUGAAAACGUGAACCCUUCGUCGUCGUCGUCUUCGUCGGAGCUUGAUUUAAGAAACAUUUCAAAGCUUAUCCUUCCUCCCUUGGGUGCUUCGAGUUACAACCAAACUCCUAUCCAGUCAAAUGGAUGGAUUGUCUCGCCCAUGGAUUCAAGAUACAGGUGUUGGGAAACAUUCAUGGUGGUUCUGGUGGCAUACUCGGCGUGGGUUUACCCUUUUGAGGUUGCAUUUCUUAACACGUCCAAAAGCAGGCCACUAUACAUUGCAGACAACGUCGUCGAUCUAUUUUUUGCCGCAGAUAUUAUCUUGACAUUCUUCGUCGCAUAUGUUGAUCCAAGAACUCAGUUACUUGUUCAUGACUCUAAAAAAAUCGCCAUGAGAUACCUUACGACAUGGUUUUUGAUGGAUUUGGCAUCAACACUGCCAUUUGAGGCACUUUUUUUAGCACUGGGAAAAAACAAAUUGAGUGCCUCUUACUCUCUAUUGGGAUUGCUCAGAUUCUGGCGACUAAGACGAGCAAAGCAACUCUUCACAAGACUGGAAAAGGAUAUCAGGUUUAGCUAUUUUUGGGUCAGAUGUGCAAGGCUUUUAUCUGUAACAGUGUUUUCAGUACACUGUGCUGGAUGCCUGUACUACCUGCUCGCAGAUCGAUAUCCACACCGAGGGAAGACGUGGAUUGGAACUGUGUUUCCAAAUUUCAGAGAAACAGGCCUCUGGAUCCGAUACAUCUCAGCCCUAUACUGGUCUAUGACCACCAUGAGCACCGUCGGCUACGGCGAUCUCCACGCAGUUAACACCGUCGAAAUGAUCUUCAUUAUUUUCUACAUGCUCUUCAACCUUGGCCUCACUGCUUACUUGAUCGGCAACAUGACCAACUUGGUUGUUGAAGGCACUCGUCGUACCAUGGAAUUCAGAAGUAGCAUUGAAGCAGCAUCAAGUUUUGUGUGCCGGAAUCGGUUGCCUCAACGGCUGAGGGACCAAAUAUUGGCAUAUAUUUGCUUGAGAUUUAAGGCGGAGAGCUUGAACCAGCAGCAGAUGCUUGAACAGUUUCCCAAAUCCAUUUGCAAAAGCAUAUGCCAACAUCUGUUUUUGCCAAUUGUGGAAAAAGUAUAUCUUUUCAGAGGUGUUUCAAGGGAAACACUUCUGCAUCUGGUUGCGAAGAUGAAGGCAGAGUACAUACCUCCUAGAGAAGAUGUUGUGCUGCAAAGCGAAGCGCCGGAGGAUGUUUAUAUCAUUGUUUCUGGAGAAGUGGAAAUAAUUGAUUGUGAGAUGGAGAGAGAACGAGCUGUUGGGACUUUGCAAUCUGGAGACAUGGUUGGAGAAGUUACUGCAUUUUGUGGUAUAGAAGUUGGUAAAUUAUGCAGACCUCAAACCUUUACGUACCGAACCAAAACACUGUCACAGCUCUUGAGAAUAAAAACCACUGCCCUAGUAGAAGCAAUGCAGACCAAACCAGAGGACAAAGUACAAAUGCUUAAAAACUUCAACCAGCAUCACAAAAAGCUUAGGGAUCUGAGAGUCGGAGAAAUACUGGUUGAGAGUGGAGAGGACGAAGGUGAUGACCCAAAGGCGGCAUUCAACAUGUUGACUGCUGCCAGCAAAGGCGAUGCUACUCUUCUUGAUGAGCUUCUCAAGGCAAAGUUGGAUCCCGAUAUUGGAGACUUCAAGGGAAGAACUCCCCUGCACAUAGCAGCAUCAAAAGGCCACUACGAAUGUGUUUUGGUACUCCUGAAGUAUGCUUGUAACGUACAUGUAAGAGAUACAAAUGGUAACACAGCGUUAUGGGAUGCCAUUGCAUCAAAGCACCAUUCCAUAUUCCGAAGUCUCUACUUUUGUGCAGCCAUAUCUGAUCCAUACACCGCUGGCGAUCUUCUAUGCACUGCUGCCAAGAGAAAUAAUCUAACCGUAAUGGAGGAACUCUUGAAGCAGGGAUUAAAUGUCGACUCAAAGAAUCAGCUUGGGAAAACAGCCGUACAAAUAGCCAUGGAAGAAAACAAUGCAGACAUGGUAAAUUUGCUAGUGAUGAACGGUGCAGAUGUUACCAAUGCACAGAACUGCUUAUUUCCUUCACAAAGUUUGACUGAAAUGCUACAAAAACGAGAGGUUGGACACCGGAUUACAGUUCCAGACAGCACAAUAAAUGAAGUGCCCUUGAUGAAGAAUGGAGAGCGUAAUUCUGGGAGAGAAUCCUAUGGAGUAAAUUGUCCAAGAGUGAGCAUAUACAGAGGCCAUCCUAUGGUUAGGAAAACAACAUGUUGCAGGGAAGCUGGUAGAGUAAUUAGAUUGCCUCGUUCGCUAGAGGAACUCCGAAACGUUGCAGGUGUAAAGUUUGGAUUUGAUUCAGGAAAUAUAUUGGUUACAGAUGAAGGAGGAGCGGAAAUUGACUCAAUAGAAGUGAUUCGAGAUAAUGACAAACUUUUCCUAGUUGAACUUGAAGACCCAAAGUCUGUCAAACCCUAAACGAAAGUAUCUCUGUUAAGGAUUCCAAUGGCGAGAUUGCGAGCAAGUCGAGUUUAUUUCUUAUGCACAAUGGUGAGAUAUACAUGUGAUGAUAAUGAACAAACUAUAAUGAGUUAUUACUCAAAGAAGAUGUAUUAAAUCAGUUGGUAUAAGAACAGAAACUCACAGUGGGUGUCACAUCCCAGUCCGCAUAGGGAGGUGGGCAUGUACAUAUAAGGCACAUCACCUCCUCUUCCCCGGACGAUGUGGGAUCUUACAGUGGGUGCGUCAACUUAAGAACCAGCUUGACUGAGUUGAAUUUGAGAAAUGUUUUCAGUCAUACAUGAAUAGGGGAAGUAGUGUGUUUACUACAA